UUGAAAGAAAUUUUUAACCUCUACGAUGAGGAGCUCGACGGCAAAAUUGACGGCACUCAAAUUGGUGAUGUUGUACGAGCUGCUGGUUUAAAGCCAACAAAUGCUAUGGUUAAUAAGGCCAGCGGACAGGAAUAUAAGCGAAAAGGAGAAAAACGAAUUACAUUUGAAGAAUGGCUACCAAUCUAUGAACAACUCAGCAAGGAAAAGGAACAAGGAACCUUCCACGAUUUUAUGGAAGGCCUUAAAGUAUUCGACAAGGAAGAAUGUGGCAAGAUUUUGGCAGCUGAAUUAAGGCAUAUUUUGUUGGCUCUUGGUGAGCGAUUGAGUAAAGAUGAGACUGACGAAAUCAUGAAGGGAGUUGAAGAUGGUGAAGGCCAAGUGAACUAUGAAGCUUUCAUCAAGAAAGUCCUGGCUGGCCCAUUCCCAGAAGAAUAG